GUAAGCAUCCGCGCGACCCUGUGCGUGCGAGGUCGGUCCCGUCCUCGACAGCGACAACGGCGACUACAGGCUACGCGGCGUGGCUCAUCAUUGUACAAAGCACCAAAGACCUUGGCCACAACCAUCGGGAUCACGAGCAUCAUCGAGAUGAUAGUCUUUGAAAGGAUUGUCGUCGCCGACGUCCUUACAGACGGCCUUCGGGCAGGGUAGCGCGGGGGCCACACCAGCAGCAGUAUCGUCCGCAUCGACAUCGGCGGCUGUGCCAAUGCCGCCCGAGCUCGAGCAGACUCUGGCGAUGCUCUCCUCGCACCGAUCGGUCCUGGGCUACAUGCUCCUCACGCGUAGCCACCCCAUCACGAUCAUCAGACACUCCGGCGUUGUCUUCGAAGGCGAGCAAGGCCGCAAAUAUGCGAGCGCAGUCGGGCGGAUCGUUGAGAGCGUGCACCGAGGGCUGGAGGAAGUCAGCAGCGACCAGUCAGAGCCGGAUGAUAUGCGGUUUAUGCGAAUCCGUACCAAGCGGCACGAAAUCAUGAUCUCGCCCGAUGAGCGGUACCUUCUCGCAGUCCUCCACGAUCCAGCAUCAUGAGAGCAGCUGUCGUCACUGGUAUGGUGCGAGGGCAUUUCGCUGUGUCGUCGACUUCUAGUGUAU